ACCAAGACACAGUCUACCCUAAGCUCACCUCACCUCAAGGACACAAAAGCACUGAUGUCUGUGGGUGUUUCGUGGACAACAGCACCAGAGGAGAGGGACACCGCUGAUAUGAUGGAGGAAGGACGUGUUAUGGUAAUGAAGGAAGAGAAGAAAGAGGAGGAUGAGGAAGAGGUGGUGAAGGAGGAGGAGGUAGAGAAUGAAGAGCAGAUUGAUGAGGAGACUGAGAAACGUACAGAAGACAGUCAGGACUCUACUGGGCAGAAUAAGAGGAGCUGGGAGCCUUAUAUAUUCUCCCUUAAAGAUAAAGAAACAUACCACUUCCUAGGUUUGGAUAUCACAAUCUACGAGUCACUUCAUCACAUUGGUUGCGUGCUCUGGCCAGGGAGUAACAACAAUCUUGGUUGCCUGCAGGCAUUGGCUCUCUGUGAAUAUCUUGAGACCAAUCGUGAACAGAUCAAUCUAAUGGACAAAUAUGUACUGGAGCUAGGAGCAGGUACGGGCCUUGUGUCCAUAGUUGCUGCACUCUUAGGUUCCUGGGUGACAGCUACAGAUCUUCCCGAGAUUCUGGGUAAUCUGAGAUUCAACUUAAUGAAAAACACAAGGGGACGCUGCAGGUACACACCCCAGGUGGCUGAACUGACAUGGGGUGAUGACCUUGACUGCACCUACCCCAAAUCCAUCUACCGCUAUGACUACAUCAUGGCAUCGGAUGUGGUUUACAACCCACAAACCUUAGAUGACCUUUUAGUCACCAUGAAGCAUUUCUGUCAACCAGGAACAAAGCUGAUCUGGGCCAACAAGGUGCGCCUUCCAUCAGACCUGACGUUUACUGAGAAGUUCCAAAAGGCCUUCCACACUACCUUGGUUGCUGAGGUGGAGGAUAUAAAGAUCUGCAUGGCAAUGGCUCGAGAAGAAGAAAGUGAAUCCCACCUUCCAGGAGGAGUACGAGAGACGGAAGAGCAAGAGGGUGAGGUCACUGAUGAUGAAACAUCUGUCUGUGAGGAUGAGGAGGGGAGUGACGAAGGGAAAGACCAGGAAGUUAAGAUCAGGGACGAGAGGAAAGCGAAGGAGGAAUGUCAUCUGGAACUUUCUCAUGUCGAGGACGGUGAGAAAGAUCAUGAAGGCUUGGACAGGAAAGACCAAGAAAACAAGGCAGUUUACCAAAAAGAGAAAUUUGAGGAAAAGCAAUGCUUUGACGAAGAUGGGAUGGAGGACAGGAAGGUGGAUGUUGCUGAAGAUGAAGUCUCUGGUGGAGGGAAUGAUGUCCUAAUAAAGAGAAAAUCAGAUAAAGAAGAACCACCACUAGAAAAACAAGAAGUGUGGAAAAUAUUGGAGGAGGAGGAUGAGGAAGAUGAGGGGAGUAGACAAUCAUGGGAGGAGCAGACCUGGGAUCACGAUGAUGAAGGUUAUCAGGAUGAUGAAAGAGAGAACACGGAUUCCCAGUGCAGCAUUGUGGCAACAGAUGAAGACAUAAUUGAGGUUCCAGUGGACACCAAGAAAACCAGUGUCCAGGUGCCACCCUGGGCCCAAUGUCCCGUUGUAAAAUUCGGCAAGGACGUGUACACCUAUGUGGGCCAAGAAAUUGGCAUCUUUGAGUCCCAGGUGGAGCUCUACGGAGCUGUGAUGUGGCCUGCUGCGUUAGCCCUUUGCCACUACUUGGAGACAAAUUCUCAGGAAUUCAAUAUGAUGGACAAGACUGUGUUGGAGCUUGGGGCAGGGACGGGGCUAGUAUCCAUCGUGGCCAGUUUGCUGGGUGCCUCUGUAACAGCCACAGAUAUCUCUGAGAUCAUGAGAAACAUGAGAUUAAACCUGAUGAGAAACACGGAGGGACGCUGCAGACACACCCCCCAGACAGCAGAGCUCUUCUGGGGUCAUGACCUGGAAGUGUCUUUCCCCAAAUCUUUCCACCGCUACGACUACGUCCUAGCAGCAGACGUGGUGUACCACCACAAGUUUCUGAAAGAGCUGCUGGCCACCAUGAAGUAUUUCUGCCAACCAGGGACCAAGCUGAUCUGGGCCAACAAGGUGCGCUUGCCCCCAGACCUGGACUUUGCUGAGGACUUUAAAAACACCUUCCACACCACUCAGUUGGCUGAUCUGGGAGGGGUGAAGCUUUUCCUUGCCACUUCAAGAGAGUAGGGAUGCUUCCGAGUCCAAGUCAAAUGAAGGAAUGAAUGCAGUUGAUUCAUGUAAACUUGGUCACUGCUCUACAGUACAUAUAUCAGUAAAGUUAAUCAUACAGUACAGGUAUCCACAUACGAGUGCAAUUUACAAAACAACUAAGCAGAGGCUGUUUACAUUUUUAAAGGAGGCCCUAGAUUAAACAAACCUUUGUGGAACCCCUUUGGUGACCACUAUGAAUUGAUCAUGGGCCACAUCUAACUUCAUAUAAUGAGUUGAACCAAGAGUAACAAGAGUUUAGAGAUAGUGCAUGGCCUACUUCUUCAAAUGCCUGAACAAUGCAGCACAGUGAUGCUUUUCAUCUAUUGAUGAGAUUGGAAUUUUGACAAAGGUGACUUUUAAGGGUACAGUGAUAAACUCUAAAGUGAGAUAUAGUAUGUGCUUCUUAAUCGUUUUGACCAAUUGAUCACAUAAAACAAAUCCUCUCAGAUCUAGGCUAAUAGAGGGAGAAGGACAGGGCUGGCUUUGUGCCUUGUCUUUCUGCACUUGAACACCUCUAAAAAAAGAAUAAUUGGAUAUACUGUAGAUACAAAUAGUAAAUAGUCAUCUUAACUUAGUAAUUAUCUGAUAUUUUUCUCAAAUAGUCAUAGAUCUGGUCACUCUCAAUGUAAGCAUGGUUUACAGCAUGGUCGGUAUUUAAAAAGAAUACGACAUUCAAUACUUUGAUGUUUACAGCUUUUUUACAUGUUAUGGCUGAUGAAAAAGUGGUUUUGAUAUUAUAUUAAAUGAGAUG